AAGAUCGUUUAUUCCUUCAUUCCCAGGGAAGACAAAACUUUGUCCAUAGACUCCUGGAAGGAAUUGGAAGAUUGAAAGCCGUGACAUUGAAACAACAGUUUCAGGAAAUAAAAUCAUUUCCUUUUGAACGCCAUUCUCAUUUUUUUUUGAGCAAACAUCCCUUUUAAAAAGCCACGUGGACAUUCCAAUAUGUUUCGCAUCAGAACACCGUUGUGGGCGUUAAACAGUUAAGCGACCAACCUCGGCAGAUGCUCAAAAGAGUUCCUUAAGGAGAGGGAGAGAAAAAAAAACACGAUUUGGAGAAUUCAAAAUAGCCUCGUCAGUCUUUGGGGUUUGCAAAAUUGUUAAUGGACUCCCAUGCAGAACUGGGGAUGGAUGUGCAAAGUUUGGUGCGGCGUUUUUACGCCCUGCAGACCGAGCGGGUGGAAGCUUACCACCUCUUGGAGGAGGGUCACCAGGCCUACCUCCGAAGCGGCCCCAAUUACGACUUCCUCCGCUAUCGCCAGCUGGUGCACGAGAUCACCCUGGCGUUCAACGGCAUUUCCCAGGAGAUCUUGCAGAUCAAGGGGAAUCUGGAGGGGGUCCACGGCCGGAGAGACCUCGUGGAGCACCUGGGCAGGAUUCAGGAGAAGGAGCAGGAGAAACUCGAACUGACAGCACAACUGCAGCUUGCUAAACAAAACGUCCAGGAUCAGCCCGGGGUGGAAGCCCACACACAGGAGGUGCAAGAAUUGAAGCACAAGCUAAUUCAAACCAUCGAAGCAAUCAGCGAAAUUCUUCAGGAUUUCAAGUACGAUUCGGAAGAAAGCAGUUGACAGGCCGUCCCGUGGGAGAAGGAUGAAGAAAGGCCGGGGAUGGAUGGAGAAGGGGGAGAGCCAGGGACGUAAGAGCUCCCCCCACCCCGGGCUAAAGUUGGUCCUCGUUCGCAUGCAGCUCGCCCACCCCGGCUUUCUUCUUUCAUCAUGCCAGGCCGAUGCCCGCAGGCGAGAUGGUGCAAGAGGCGCAUGGCUCGAUGCUUCUUGGCCACCUGCCCAACGGAGCCAGUUCUCAGGAUGGUUUCUUGGCACUUGGUCUCAAUUGCCUUUAUAGGACGAGGAGUGGGGGAAAAUAGCUUGUUUAUGUUCUGAAAUAAAGUGGUUUGGGUUUUUUUUAAUCCCUUCAAUUAAAGAAAACAGACUCCUUUU